AUGCAGACUGUUUCUACAAACAUUUGUGAAAGACUGGGUCACUCUCAGGAGCUCAGUGAAUUCAAGCAUGGUACCAUGAUAGGUUGCCACCUGUGCAAUAAGUCCAUCCAUGAAAUUUCCUUGCUAUUAAAUAUUCCACGGUCAACUGUUAGUGGUAUUAUACCAAAGUGAAAGCAACUGGGAACAACAGCAUCUAAGCCACGACGUGAGUAGGGUUAGCACAUGCUGAAGCGCAGAAGAAGUUGCCAACUGUCUGCAGAGACAAUAGCUAAAGACCUCCAAACUUCAUGUGGCCUUCAGAGUAGCACAACAACGGUGCAUAGAGAGCUUCAUGGAAUGGGUUUCCAUGGCCAA